AUGGCUACAGGGAAAUCUGUUUCUAACAAUCCUCUGAUGAGGAGUAUCUCAACGGAAAGUGGUGCUUCAUCAAGACGUUCAAGUUCAUUUUCCUGUAUAAGUACAGACGACAACAGCGAUGACACCAUGGACAGGACAAAUGAGGAAAAGAGAAAAGCGAAGAAAAAAAGUCACACACUUUUCCGGAAAGCUCAUAGUGAAACAAAAGAUAAAAACGCGGUAGGUAAACAUCAGCGUGAUUCUUCCAAGCUUAAACGUCGAUUAAGAAACUUUUUUAAAACAAAGAGGAAAUCAGAUCAUUUCAAUGUUUCCUUUUCACACACAGACGAUAUUGAUAGUUGUGAUACUGUUGACACUGAAAGGCAUGUGCAACAGAAAGGUAUACAAGAUAAUACCCAACCGGAUUUCAUUAAUGAUUUUUCACAACGCCAUUCAAAGAUUGGUGAUAAUACUUCAAAUGGGCUCACUGUAGAAAGCUGCGAGAACGAUGAAUUGCGACUCAUAACAAACAAAAAGGAAGAGGAAAUGAAUGAGAAACAAAAAUAUCGAUUAGACAACAGCUUAAAGUCAGUUUCAAAGAAAGAAUCAGAGCUUUCGAGAAGGGAUGAGGAUUUUUUGAGGAAGGAAAAUGAUCUUUUAUCCAACGCCAUAAAAACUUUGAAUGAAAUGGCUGCUGUCCUUAGCGAUAUUGUGCACACUCCACUAUACGUUGAAAUAUCUGAAUGCAAGACUGUUCAGAUAGGAACUGGAAGCGAGGAUGUCCAACAGAAUUUGCAACAAGUUCGCAAAAUGCUGGACAGUAUAUGUGCAAAGUAUGACGAUAUCAAGCAUACGACGGAGGCAACACUAAAUAGUGUGAAAAAACUACAAAAUGAGUCUUCGGGUCACAAAAAGCAGUUGCACAAACUAGCUGAAUUUCUUGAAUCAAACCUGAGACGUCAUACAUCUGCUGAGGAGCCAGAACACUUAACAAAAUCUACAAACAAUACACAAAAUCAAGUGCCUUCUUGUGAUCGGUGUAACCCUGCUAGUCCGAAACCUUCUGGUAAUAUAUGGGGACCGUCUACCGUUCAUGAUUUUGUUGUCAGCUCACAUGUAACUAUAGAUAAAAACGUGAAACAGGUGAUGGCAGAUGUUCAGUUGAUCAAAAACAGUUUAUUGUCAGAACACCAAAGUACAUAUAUGUGA